AUGGAUUAUCAGCACGUGAAUGAAGGAGACGCUAGCGAUGAUAAUUUUUUGCAUCCGGAAUUUCCAAACGCAACUUCAUUUUCGCAGGAGAUUUUGAGAUCGAUUGUUACUUCAUUUGACCAGGUUCCACAUCAUCACGUUGGUGGACCCAUUUGCUUUCGCGAAGUUCAAUUGUUGGACUUGCUGGAUACUGCCCAGUUCCACGAUUCGGGAGCAUCUUCGUUCCCGCACCAGAUCUUAAAGUCGAUUGUCACUUCGCUUGAUGUCCCGUUUGUUGAUACCCCCUGCUUCCACGCGGCGCACUUGUUGGACUCGCUGACUGAAUCGGAAGUAGAAACGGCGCUGGUGGACACGGUGGAGACCCAGCUGGUUGACAUGGACGAGGAGACACCACCGCUACUGGUCAGCACGGCGGGACCGAUUCCGAUUUUGGGUAGCAAAAAUCCUCCAGGGGUAUCAGCAUCAGUUUCAUUUUCAGGUGCGGCUCCAAAAUCAAAAAGGUCUUUUCCCGAACAUAGCAUUUCCAAGUUCAAGAACAACGAAGUCAAGGACUUCCGGGCCUAUGUCUUGUCGAGAUAUUCAGUCAAGUUGAUCGAGUCCAUCAAAUUGUGCUCCGCGGAUGCGCAAUGCGAAAAACAUUGCUCUAAAAUUUUCCAGUCCUAUUUAGACAUGAUUGCCCAUUACCAAGAAAACAAAUUGAUGAGCUCGGUUUUUGAUCGUAACUACAGAUGUCCCGUGCACGAAUGCCCCUUGCACGUGAUUGGUACCAAGAAUCGUGCCGAUUUGAGACACCACGUCCAUUACGAACACAUCACCAAUGGCUACGUGCACCAAUAUUUUAAACAGUACGAUCAGAAUAUCAAGGAUAUUCUAUUUGUGUGCUCGGAACCAGAUUGUGGCAAAUCUUUCUACCGGAGCGACUCCUUGACGAGACACCUCAGGUUGGUUCACAAGGAGAAAAAAACCAAAAAGAAAAAGAGAAGAAGAGGCACGUCAUGGAAUUCGCGCGAUGAAGAAGAAUACGGAGAUGGAGAUGGAGAUGGAGAAGGGGAAGAAGCAGAAGAAGGAGAAGAACAGAUUCGAAUUCCAAAGAGGCGCAGAAAAAGAUCCUAG